AUGGCCCCUUCACUCUUCUCGACGCUCUCUUCCGUCCUCCUCCUUACCUCUUCGGUAUCGGCCCAUAAGUCCUACCAGGUCGUCGACAGCUACGACUCCACAAACUUCCUCGACAAGUUCGGCUUCUUCGUCAGCGACCACUCGAGCUCAAACUACAACGAUGUGGACCCCACGGGCGGAUAUGUUUCCUACAAGUCUGCCGAGGAGGCCCAGAGCAUGGGUAUCCUGAAGACCGUCGGCGAGGACUUGUACCUCGGCGUCGACUCCAAGUCCGUCCUCGACCCCAACGGCAUCGGCCGCAGCAGUGUCAGGAUCGAGAGCAAGAGCAAGUACAAGCAGGGUCUUUUCAUUGCGACUUUCUCUCACCUGCCCAAGCCCGUCUGCGGUGCCUGGCCUGCUUUCUGGACCGUCGGUAACCCCUGGCCCGAUGCCGGUGAAAUCGACAUCGUCGAGACCUGGAACGAGGACAACGUCAACAAGGUCGUCCUCCACACCGACGAGAGGAUCGGCGAGUGCCGCAUCGACGGCAAGGGCAUGACCGGAACCGUCAGCAAGCCGAACUGCGCCAACUUCGCCGUGGGCCAGGCCGACAACGAGGGUUGUGCCGGCCUCGACCCGGCCGCGCCCUUUGGAUCCGCCGAGGGCGGCGUUUACGCCAUGCAAUGGACCGACGACGCGAUCAAGGUUUGGGGUUUCACCCACGCCAACGCCCCCGCCGACAUCGCCACCAACCCCAACCCGGAGAACUGGGGCGUUCCGAGCUUUACCACCAGCACGUGCGCCGCGGACAAGCUCUUUGGAGAGGCCAAGCUCGUGAUGAACGUCAACCUGUGCGGCGUGGCCGGCCAGGAUGGCAUCUGGGACAGCUGCAAGGCCAAGGCCGGGGGCGCCACUUGCAAGGAGUGGGUUGCGAAGAACCCGGCCGCCUUCGCCGAGGUGUACUUCCAGCUCAAGUCCAUCAAGAUCUACAGCCUCAAGGAGGCUGAGGCGACUCCCAGCUCCGUCGUCUCCAGCCAGCUCGCUUCCACUGCCGUUGCUUCCACUGCUGCAGAGACCACUGUUGUUUCCACCUCUGCUGCUGCGGAGACCACUGCUGUCGUCAGCUCUGCCGCUGUGUCCUCCGCCGUCGCUUCUGAGAAGCCCGUCGAGACCGUCUCGGCUUCGGCCUCCGCUCCGGCCUCCGCCUCCGCCUCCGCCUCCGUCAUUGCUUCCGAGAAGCCCAUCGAGACCCCCGUCGAGACCCCCAUCGAGACCCCUGCUGAGAGCCUGACCACUCGCCUCGCCACGUCCACCGUCUACGAGACCAACAUCAAGACCAUCACCUCGUGCGCGCCCGAGGUCACCAACUGCCCGGCCAAGGACACCCCCGUAGUCGUCACCGAGGUCGUCCCCGUCACCACCACGAUCUGCCCCGUGUACGACGUUCCGACCCAGCUGACCAUCUCCAAAACCGAGGUCGUCACCAUCACCUCCUGCGCCCCUGAAGUCCCCAACUGCCCCGCGAGGACCUCGACUCUCACUACCCAGGAGAUCAUCCCCACGACGACCGCCAUCCCCGUCGAGAGCUACGUCCCGCCCAAGCCCACUGCCGACAAGCCCGUCGUCACCGUCAGCUCGCAGAAGCCUGUCGACGAUGUCACCACCGCCCUGACGACCUACAAGACCAACAUUGUCACAAUCACCUCCUGCGCGCCCGAGGUCCCCGACUGCCCUGCCAGGACCUCCACCAUCAUCACCAGCGAGGUCAUCCCCACGACCAUUCCCGCCGUUCCCGCCACCACCGAGGCCGAGAAGCCCGUCGUCACCGAGGACCCCCCCGUCCAGAUCACCACCUACAAGACCAACAUCGUGACCAUCACCUCUUGCGCGCCCGACGUUCCCAACUGCCCGGCAAGGACCUCGACGGUCAUCACCAGCGAGAUCGUCCCCGUACCCACGACCAAGGGGGACAAGCCCGUUCCCGUGCCCACCACCGAGGUCGAGAAGCCCGUUGUCACGGAGCAGCCUCCCGUUCAGAUCACGACCUACAAGACCAACAUCGUCACCAUCACUUCCUGUGCUCCCGACGUCCCCAACUGCCCUGCCCGGACCAGCACCAUUGUCACUAGCGAGAUCGUGCCUGUUCCCACCACCGAGGGCGAGAAGCCGGUUCCUGUUCCUACUACGGAGGGAGAGAAGCCCGUCCCCGUGCCCACGACCGAGGCCGAGAAGCCCGUCACCACGGAACAGCCUCCCGUCCAGAUCACAACUUACAAGACCAACAUCGUCACCAUCACCUCCUGCGCCCCUGACGUCCCCAACUGCCCCGCGAGAACCUCCACCGUCGUCACCAGCGAGAUCAUCCCCGUUCCCACGACCGAGGGUGAGAAGCCGGUCCCCGUCACCACGGAGAUCCCCACCGUCCUGACGACCUUCAAGACGAACAUCGUCACCAUCACCUCGUGCGCACCCGAGGUCCCUGACUGCCCCGCCAGAACUUCUACCAUCGUUACCAGCGAGCUCAUUUCCACGACGGUGCCCGUCCCCGGCGUCCCCGGCAAGCCCACCGACGUCUCUCAGAACCCGCCCAUCCCCGGCAGCGAGAAGCCCGCGACCACUCCCGCCGUCCCCGGCAACGAGAAGCCCAUCACCACCCCCGUCAUCCCCGGCGGCGAGGAGCCCGCCACAACCCCGAGCGCAUAUACCCUUCGGUUGUCCUAA